CUCUAAGUGGGUGGAGUGUGCCUUGUUCAACUAUCACACCUCAACUGUAGAACCCUGGACCUACCAACCCGUCUGUCUUGUUUUUGCGUUGGACCAGGCUGAGGUACAGCGAGAGGAAGCAGGAUGUCCAAUAACAUGGCUAAGAUUGCAGAUGCUCGCAAGACAGUGGAACAGCUGAAACUGGAGGUCAACAUUGAAAGAAUGAUGGUGUCCAAAGCAGCAGCUGAUCUUAUGGCCUUCUGUGAGGCUCAUGCCAAGGAGGACCCACUGGUGACCCCUGUGCCAUCCUCUGAGAACCCCUUUCGGGAGAAGAAAUUCUUCUGUGCAAUACUCUGAUCCCCACACUUAUAACCACAACUUUUGUGUAAUUAUUAGCAAUAAUUAAUUGCCAAUUCUAAGGAAUACAUCUGAUAGUAACAGUGAAGAACACUUGAAAAUGUUGGUUUUGUUAUGCCUAGUCAGGGUGAUGAUUUUGUAUUUAAAAACCUGUAUAGUAAAU